AACCCCAAAAAGGAGGGCAUCACCCCAAACAGGAGGGCAUUACAGUGGGCAGUCAGGAUAGUGUCUACAACACACAAAAUUAAAAUUAUAAUCGAACUAUGGACGAGCAGAUGAAAAACCGGCCCGUCCGCCCUUAAACCAGACUUAUGGACACCCUAGGUGGCACAGUGACUGAGGGUUGUUGGAUAGAUAGUUAACGAAUGCCUUUAAAACCAAGCAACUUUGUUAUUUAAAUUGAAUUCAUGAACAUAAAUAAUCCUUUGUCCUAUAUUUGGAUUAAAGUUCAAGAGGAAGUUUAGUACCACGGUCAUUUCCAAGUCAGGUUUUUAUCUCCUGGCUUAAACGUCACUGUUUCUCAGGAUGAGGCCUCAGCAGCAAAGCCUGUCUAUAAUUAACCUCUCUGUCCUGAGGUCUCCGGUUCACCAAGUCUUUUUAUGGUUUGUCUGUGCCAGCAGAAGUUUUUUUUUCUUCAGCAGGGUAACACAGAACAGUCAGGAGAGACAAAGAGACCAACCAAGGGACCAGCUCCAUGUCUUUGUCCCAGAUCACCCCGAAUCUUUUCCUAAGUGGAGCGGAUGCACCGCUGAACCGAACCCUCCUGACCCGUAAUGGCUUCACCCUGAUCGUUAAUGCCACCCUGUCUCACAGCUGCCCCUCAUACCCAGGUGUGGAGAGUGUGCGAGUGGCUGUGCCCGAUCUACCCACCGCUCGCCUCAGCGAACACUUCGACCGCGUGGCCGCCCGCAUCCAUAACAACCGCACGGGUGGCACAUUGGUGCACUGUGCGGCGGGCAUGAGUCGCUCACCCGCACUGAUCAUGGCCUAUCUCAUGAAGUACAAAGGAGUGACCCUGUGCCAGGCUCACCACUGGGUGAGGCAGAGCCGACCCUCCGUCCGCCUCAAUGAGGGAUUCUGGGACCAGCUUCUGGUCUAUGAGAAGAGACUUUAUGGGAAAAAUACUGUGAAAGUUGCUGCUCCAUUAGAACCUCCGAAAACGCCAAAACUGGCACCCAGAUACAGUCUGAGAGAGAGUCCACCAUCACCCAGGCUGCGCCAGAUUAGACGAUAGAACUUCUGUCUUAAACUACACAUUUUUUAAACAUUCUUUACUAAUGAGUUGUUUUACUGUGACAAUUUGCAACUGGACCAUCAAUUCUGUUACCCAUGGUGCUUGGUCAUAACGUGGUGCUUUAUUGAUGAUCUUUAUUGAUAAUUUCUGGACACAUUUAUAUUACAAACGUUAAAUACACCGGUUGUGUGUACGUUAACAUUAGCAUUAGUUAGCAUGAUAGCAUAUUACCCUGAACAAGUGGCUGGAUCAGCAUAUUUCCAGUGUUUUUCUAAACUAAGAGACCAGCAAAACCAACCAAGACCAGUUAAUAAUCUUAAACUGUGUUUGAGUAGGCUAUUGAAGAUGUUUUACAGCCUGUUCUGUUUACAUUUAAUAAACAGUUUAACACUGAAGUGGUUGGAUGGGAAUUAGACUUCUUUAUGCUUAAUGUUUAGGAAAUACAAUUAACACAGUAGAUUUGUACUACACUUAGCAAUAGUCCUUACUAGUGUCAUAGAAAUAGCUAAAGCAACCUGUAGUGCUCAUAACAUUUUGUUAGCAGUUUCAGAACUGUUUAAAACAGCAGUUUAAUGUUUAAUUUAUAAUUUUGUAACUUGAAGCUGUAUUGUGUUUACUGUACAUGAUGCAGUGAAGGGAUGCUAACUUGUUAGCCAAUGAGCUAGUUUGAAUGUGGCUAAUGUAUUGCUAACCUCUGCUAUGAGGUGGUUUAAAACAUAAUAAAAGUAAUAAAUUG